AUGGGUGGCUCUGUGGACCCCAAGAACGGACACUUCAUCGGCAACUGGGGCGAGUUCGGUUGCCCGACCCCCCAGCGCAUCGCCACCUACUCGCUGUCCCCUAACCGUCAGCGUCCCAUGGCCGGUGCUGCCCACGCUGCCAUCUUCAACGUCUUCCGUCGUUUCCGUCACCAGGUUCUCUACGUUGUUCCCCCCUUCGUUGCCGCAUACGCCAUGAUGAACUGGGCCAUUGAGCGUAACGAGUACCUGAACUCCAAGCCCGGCCGUCUUCUCGAGGGUGGCAACGAGGAGUAA